AUGAGCAAAUUAAAAACAGCGGAUCCAGACCCUCAAAUUCCCUCUCUAUCACCUUCUACCUCUCCUCUCUCUCUCUCUCUCUCUCUCUCUGAUGUCUUUCUCUUCCCCCUCUCUCUUUAUUCCGUCUGUCUCCUUUUUAUCUCUUUUAUUCUACCUUUCUCAUUCUCCUUUAUUUAUCUCCCUCUUUCCACAUUUAUGUCACUCCCUUUAUCUUACUCUCUCCAAUUGUCUAUCUCCUUUCCCUCUAUCUCCUAUUAUCACUCUUUAUCUCUUUCAUUCUACCUCUCUUUACCUCCACUUUUCUCUCUUUCCUGUACAGUUCUAUACGUUUUCGGUAUUUCGUUGCAUCUAGACACCUACGUGACUUUGGAAAUCAUUGAAAAGUUUAAAAAAAAUACUAUUUACAAUAAAGAAAAAAAAUGUCCCCUUUUUUUUCAUGCCUUCUGUUCUUUCUUUUUUUUUACAAGUUUUAGCCAUUUUCUUUGCUAUAAAAUCAGAUGCAUUUUAUACAUGAAAAUAAGCUUCCCUCCCCGCUCCCUGGAAUUUCUCUGCCUUUGUAACUGUAUCUUAUACUUCAUAGCGGUCUAG